AUGCAGCUACAGCUAAGAUACCAUGUGGCAAUCACUGCUGCAUACCGCAUGAAAAACUUUGUACUGUCCAGACUGUUCUGCAGACUAAAGUUUAAACGGUUGUUAAUGCUGUUUGCCUUAAUUACCUUUAUUCUUUUGAUGGUGCCUCGUCUCAACCACAACAGCAAGAAAAAAUAUCAGCACAGCGACUUCAGAAGUGGAGAUUACAAGAGGAAAUACAAUGGGAACUUAAUCGAAACAGCGGGCACUUUAGAAAACAAGGCGCAUUGCCUCAGCUGGUGUCAGAAAAAAACAAAUUCAGAUGGCUUGUACUUUUUAAGCGCGGUUUUACUCGUGCGAAUCUACUCCAGCGAUUUAGCUAAGCUUAGCACCCGUGAGCUCAUUCAGUGGCUGUAUUACUUGAGUUACGCUGGCUUUGAGCAUGUUUAUGUCUAUGAUGCAUACGUUUUUAAGAACGAGUCUCAAAAGGACGCACUCGAUUUUUUUAUAAAACAAGGAUUUGUGACCUAUGUCGAUUGGAGCCACAAUGCAUUCCCUUAUACAGUGACUAAAACGCAAGAAAGCGCAUAUCAAGAUUGCUUGAACAAGUGGGGUAACUUAUCUACAUGGCAAGCUAGCAUUGAUAUCGACGAAUAUCCAUUCUGUCCUCAAGACACCAAACCUUAUUUCAUGCAACGAUUUAUCACUAAUUUUUCUGAACAACGACCAGAUGUUUCCCAAAUUACAAUGCAAAAUUUCCUUUUUCUUGGGAAACCAUUGGACGAUAGGCAACAUCCGCUGCUAAUCGAUCGACUUAAGCGUAGAACUCACGGCCCAGCAAACGCUCUGGUCAAACCAAUUUACAAGACAGAAGAUGUGUCAAUAACUCACGUUCAUCACCAUGACUUGAAAAAAGGAAUAUCAGAGGAUGCUGAUUUUUACAGGAUAAGACUAAAUCAUUAUUGGGGAGCCAGGCUUCAGAACUGGGGCGAGGAUACAGCAGAGAUCCUCGAUAAAACCAGAGAAGAUAUCACAAUGGAAGACAUUGUUAAAAAUCUAGCACAAUGCAUUGAAGUUUGCUUACCAAGUGAAUCAAUAAUUUAUAAGUUCCGAUGGAACUAA